UAUGGUCCUUGUAAAAAAAAUUCCAUUCAUAAGAAUGCACAAAGAGAAGAACGCACAUAUAUAGCUGUGGUGUUCUCCCGCCAGUUGCAUAAAGCACCAUGUGCGUUCUGGGUUUGGGUGUGUGCCCUCAAUGUUUAGCCAUAUGUGUUGCUCUCAGUUGGUUUCAUAUGUGCCUCCUUCUCAUUGACAGUCCCCAGAUGACCAUGCCAGCAGGCUAAGGGGGCUGAGCUCCCCCUCUCUCCAGGCCAGAAGAUGUUUCUUUGCCCUUAUUGUAACUUAAAUGCCCUCUUUGUGAGCAGUGGACAUAAAUAGCAGUGGACGUCUUGCUGCUUCUCAGUCUCAGCCUUCAAAACUCCAGCUUUCAACAUGCACAGUCUGGCCAGUGCACUCCUGCUGUCCUGCUGCUUCUGGUCAUCCCUUGCCCAGAGCCAUGAUGGAGAAGAGCAGAGAAGAAGUGUUUGGGAUGACCCCAUUCAGUUUUCCACCAAAGCCAAGGAUCAAUGCUCUAUGAUGGUAACAGGACAGGGUGAGCUGACCAAACUGCGCAUCUCCUGCCAAUCCCAGGACAGGUCCUACUGGUGCGAGUACCAGGGCAGGCCGCACGUUUGCCGUCCCUACAACAACAACCCACGUCACUUCUUCACACAGAUCAUGUGGGACCUGCGCAAGUUGAGAAACGCCUGCCAAGGAAAGAGCGCAUUCAAACCUUUCAUGUGCAAAAGAGCCUCUGACGAGGCCCAAAUGGUCUUCGCUACCUCCUCCUCAUCCUACGAUGCACCAGUCCAGCCAGGCUGGACUAGACCAGACACUACAGAAUCUCCAACCACCAGGGAAGAGAUCAAGCCAAGGCAGGCCAGGCCUGACUAUCCAAAAUCCGAUCAAGUCAGGCCAGAACAAGUUAGGCCAAAUGGGGCAAAGCAAAGAAUGAAAUCAUCAAAAUCCCCUUCUAGGUCUCAAGCAGUGAAGACAGAUCAAGCCAGAGCAGAACAGGGUAGAGGAGCUUCAGGAACCAAAUCAGCAAGACCAAUGACGGUACUGAAACCGAAGAUGACUACACCAGCAACAACAGCACCACCACCAACCACUCCAGUUCCCUUGAGCACAGCUAAGAGGCUGGCGAAGCAGCGCUGCUGGCCUUCCUUACAGGGCGUCUGUGCCUUUGUCAUUGGCUGGUUUACAUACUGAGGAAAGAUCAAUCCUCCUGAUAAAAGAGGCCUCGAAAAUACUGGAAGCCUGGAGUGGUUCUGUGCAACAAGCUGAAGAUUUUUGAAUGGGAGAAUGAGAGAAAUCCCAACAGGCUUGUAGUGAAAAUCAUCCUCUACAGCAUAUUGUCAUAUACAGUUGUCAGUUGUACAGGAUUUGAAGGAGUGAAUGGCCUGAGCUGAGCAUGAUUAACCAUGUAACUCGGUCUACCUUUGGACCACUGUGUGAGGCCACCAAAUUUACUCUUCAGGUGUGUAGAGUUGAAACAGGAGCUUCAUGUAUCUUCUUUAUCCUCUAAGAUUCAUGUGUACUGAACAGUAUAUGGGCAUUGUUAUGGAGACUUUUAAAAUCUGAUUUUAUGUAUGUACAGUGGGAAUUAGGGGACUUCUGGACAGGUAACAAUCCAAAUUUUGAUUUGCGAUGUACUUUAACUACAUCAGUAAGUACUCAGCUGUCUCAGUAACUGUCUUAUGUAGUGGUCAGUCAGUGUAUGAAUCUCUGUAUAUAUAAUGAAUAAAUGUUGAUUCUUUA